AUGGGCAAAAACAUUGAUGGCUUUUUGGUGAAGCUCCCAGACUCAAUUGAAUCUAGGCCAGAACUAGAGAAGCAGAGCAGAACACUGAAAAUGUGCAGUUAUGACUCAACUAGAGAUGACAUAAAGAAAACAGAAGCAAACCCCUUACCCAAAACCACCCAUUUUGUAGAGCCCAAGAGAGCAAUUUCUCCCUCAACUGAAUCAGCGGCAGCUUCGGGCAUGGGGACUACUGCAAUGCGAACUUUCCUCAGUGCUGACUUUUGCAAGAAUGCUUAUCGAGAGUCAAAGCUCCCUAAUCACUUGUUGAUGCUACCAUUUCUGUUUUAUAGUUCAGGCAAAUGGGGCACUAGAGGUUACAUGGUUUUUCUGAUGAUGUCACCCAGGAAUCACCCUCUAAGCCUCGACUCUGAACCCAGAGAGACAGGAAAAAGGGGCCUUUCAUUGACCGGGAGACUCUGGAAUGGUGCUUGCUCCUUGGUGUUCUGCCCUUCGCUCUCUAAUCGGGGCAUCCGUAUCCUGCCUUCAAUCCUUUGUAGAGGUGGGAGGGUGAAUGAGAGCAGAUAUAAGACAUUUUUUGUGCUUCUGAAAGCAAAGGGGGUGGUGGAAAUUAGGAUGAAAUGGAAGCUCAUAGACGAAAUUGAGGAAUGCUGGAAAUCUGGAGAGAAGGAAUUCUUUUGGUUUGAUUCAGAUAGUUGCCACAUCUGCAGUUCGUUACCCGAAGUGGGCAAAAUUAAUAGUAGUGAAAUGUUUGAUGUUACAAAGUUGAGAAGGACUGGCAUCAGUGUUGUUCACUGGAGGCAGGUGCACUAUAAAGCCAGUGUACCUGAUAGGCAGAUGUUAUUAGAGAUGAUGGAGGAUGUGUUUCACAACCUCUUGUACUACCCAAAUAGCAGAAUUCACUGGUUAGAUAAAAGUUCUGGGUUUCCGAUGAAAACCUUUAGGAUGUUCCACUGUAGAUUGGUGCCCAAUUUCUGGAGGAAACUAAACUCUUUUGAGCAGUUCCUGAACUUUGCAGAUCUUGUUUGUGAGGUGUGGUCUGGAUUUUGGAGGCCUGCUAAAAAUGUUGCAUCCAGCUUCUUGAGCAGUGUCCCCAGUGCCACGAACAAACCUCACUCAACAUCGUCAAAGGGCAAGAUUAACAAAAGAGAACGGGAAAGCAUGCUCCAGUGUGGCAUGUUGGUGAAGCUGAUGAACUUGGAGAAGCGCAAAAUUCCUUCUGUGGGUGGAUCAGUGUCAGCUGCUGGCAUCACCCACAAAAAGACACAGGACAACUUCAUCCAAGGUUUUGGGAUCUACCCCGGAGGUGGUCUGCUGAUCUCCAGAAUUUGGGAGCAGGACCCUGGGUAUUGGAUAUUUCCAAAGCUAGACAAAGUUUCCUUAAACUGUUUUGCACCCACUGUUGAGGAAUUCUCAAAGUUGAAUUUGGUAUAUGCACCUAAAAUUCAGAUUAAUGAUUAUUCUGUGUCACCUGAUGCUUUAAAAUGGUGCUAUUGUGGCCAGUGGAUUGACCCCAUCGCUAUGGGACUGUGCUACAGUUAUCUGGCAAUUAUGGGUAGAAGAUACUCUGCUGUUCUUGAUAAGGCCGUCACUGGGUCCCUGUUUAUGCAUUUGGAAAGUGGGGUGGAUAUUGUAUUGAUACAGCUGUGGGAUCCGAAGAGAGUUCAACAGAAAUCUUCUUUGAAAUCACUGGAGCCACUGAGCGAAAAAAGUGAUUUUCACGUGAGGCUAAGUGAACUCAGCCCUCUCAUUCCUGCAAAGCUGAAAUUCCACAUCUUUCAAAAUACAAGAGAAUUGGGCAAGGUGUUUGCUUUGGGUCUUUUCACACCCAAGAGCUCUGCUCUGCUAUCCAGCAUAGCGUACGGUGGAAGCUCGACUUCAAAUGAAUGGUGUCGAUUCCUGGGCAUGGAGAAGCUUUUAGAGCAGCAGCUGUUGUUGAUCCUUUUAGCAUCCACUGGAGUGAUUUUCCCGCUUCCUCUGCUUCAGUGGCAUUUACACAUGUUCCUAUUUUCCUGUCUUCCUAUGAGAUGUGCAGGUGCCUACUCUCCAGAGUGCAGUCCAGUGGCAUUAACGUCAACAACUACGGAAAUUCAUAUUGGUGAUUUGCCAGUGAACUUUUCGGUGACCAAUGUAACAGACCUAAACGGAGAGCAGUUCCGGAAUUGGCUAGAGAGUGAAGUCCAGAAUAUUACAAUUUCGGGCCUUAGACCUGGAGCAGUGUAUCUGAUCCAGUUUCAGAACGGCACCGAUACCUGCUGGCAGAAGUAUUCAACAAAGCCUAGUCGUGUGUUUGGGAUUGAAGUCACACACGUGGGGGCAACGGACGUGUCGUUCAGCUGGAAAAACGACGACACGGGUGCGUCUACGUAUAAAUACGUAGUGAUGGAUCUAGAAACUGUCCGUUUUGUGGGCAACCAGACUUUCAGUGCCACAAUCACAGAUCUGAAACCUGGGACCUUUUAUACAUUCAGAAUCAUUCCAGAAACAAAUGAUGGGAUAAAAGGAAGCCCGGUAGCCAUAAAUGUCACCACAAAACCGAGUCCAGUAUUCGAUGUCCAUCAUACGAACGUUGGUCCAACGGAGGUCAGCGUGGUCUGGCGGAACAGUGACCCUGCUGUAGCUACAUACCUGUAUCGGAUGCUCAUUGAAGAGAAUGGAACUGCCAACCAGACUUCCCAAAUUAUGCAAGUUAACAUCACAGAGCUGAAACACGGCUUCCAGUGCUGGGCCAGAAUUGAUCCUGUAGAAGGAAAUGAGCCUAACGAGAACAUAGGCCCCAGUACAGUGACCAAUUCAACAGAUGUCAGUGUAACCUGCCAAAAAGAUGUGUCCACAAGUGUGACUCCCGAAGGUGAACAGGCACCCCAGCUGACCCGAGUUAAUGUUGUGGGAUUGAAACCCAGUACCCAAUACACAGCCACAAUUUUUUCCCAAGCGGCUGAUGGGACCGAAGGAGACCCCGUGACUAUGGAAAUCUGGACAAACAUGAGUCAAAUUUUCGAUGUCCAGGCUGUGAAUGUCACUGCGUCAGAAGUGAGCCUAACCUGGGAAAACGAAGAUAACUCUUCAUCUGCCUACACCUACAGAAUCCUUGUUGAGUACGGUAGUGAUACUUCAUUUCACGCAUCAUCCGACUGGAGAAGAGCUGUCAUCACUGGACUGAAUUCUAGCACCUUGUAUAAGUUCACUGUGUAUCCACAAAGACAGGGUUUUCCUGAAGGCCUGCCAAACUUUACAGAAGCUUAUACAGCUCCACAGCCAGUUUCCGACUUUCGGGUGACAAACGUCAGCACAACAGAAAUUGGAUUAGCUUGGACCAGCAAUGAUUCUACAUCUUUCAGAAUACUUAUUACAGAACCUACAUCACCUCCUAGGAAUGAAGUAUUUACAACAGAAAGUGCUGUGAUAAGAGAAUUAGAACCUGGUACCACUUAUACCUUUGAACUCUUUCCACAAAUAGCAGGUACAACUGAAGGAGCAUCUGAAAGAAUAAGCAUCACUACCAAACCCAAUGCAGUGUUUGAUAUCCGAGUUGUAGGAGUGAAUACAACUACAAUAGAAUUAGCAUGGAAAAACAAUGACAAUGCUUCUGACACCUACCUUUAUCGCUUAUCGGUGAAUGGAGAUGAACUUUGGAACCAAACGUCUGUCUUCAAAAACGCUAGCAUCACCGGGCUAAGCCCUGGUACACCCUAUAACAUCACAAUCUUUCCAGAAGUGAAAAAUCAGACAGAAGGGAGACCAAACUUUACAGUUGUAUAUACGAGACCUAGCAAAGUGUUUGGCAUUGAAGUUUUGAGUGUUGCCACAACAGAGAUGACCUUAAGAUGGCAAAACCAAGAUAAUGCUUCUGCUGCAUAUACCUAUCUCAUAUUUAUUGAAAAUAACGAAACUGCCAGAAACCAGACAUCUAAUGUGCCAAGUGCUAGCAUCACAGGUUUAAGCCCUGGUACUUCUUACACAUUCAAAAUAGUUCCACAAGCAGGGGAUCACUUUACUGAGGGAGAGCCAGUCAGCAGUGCAUCAAAAUGUACAGUCGCAGCACCCUUGACUUCAUUUUGGUGCGAACCUGUGCCCAAACAGCCUGCCCUAAUUCUGAAGUGGAUUUGCCCUCCUGGUACAAAUACCGGUUUCAGAAUGGAAGUGAUCCACGGGGAAUGGAGGAAUGAAACCCAUCUUCCAGCCUGUCACUCCACAAGUGUGACAAAUGUGACCCUUUUAAGUUACGCCACUUCUUACAAUAUCAGUGUAACAACCCAGUCCUGUGGAAAUGAGAGUAUUCCGAGAGAAGAAAGCUGUGUUACGGAUAUCACGGAUCCUCCUGAACCAGUCGAACCGCCAAAUGUUAUUUCCGUCAGUCACAAUUCACUGAAAGUGAAGUUCAGUGGGUUUAAUGCCACGAAUGGACCAAUUAAAGCAUAUGCAGUAAUCCUUACAACAGGUGAAGGUAACCCUCGCAAGAACGUCCUGAACUACUCAUAUGAGGACUUCAAGAAAAAGGAAUCGAAUACUUAUGUGACUUACUUUAUAGAAAUUGAAGAAAACAGAGCCUCAGUCUUGUCCGAUGACUUAAAAUAUGAAGUUGAAGUGGGAAAUGAAUCCACUACAGGAGGCUAUUUCAAUGGGAGAUUGGAACCUCUUAGCUCAUACCGCACCAGUAUCGCAGGCUUCACCAAAUUUAACUUUAGCAAACAAGGACGCAUUGAGGAAGAGAAAAGCUAUGUGUCAUUUACGCCAUUUUCAAAUGCAGUAUCGUUACCACAAGAUCCAGGUGUCAUCUGUGGAGCUGUAUUUGGGUGCAUAUUUGGUGCCCUUGUUGUAGUGGCUGUGGGAGGCUUUAUCUUCUGGAGAAGGAAAAGGAAAUAUGCAAAAAACAAUGAAGUGUCCUUUUCUCAAAUAAAACCAAAAAAAUCAAAGUUAAUUAAAGUGGAAAAUUUUGAAUCCUACUUCAAGAAACAGCAGGCUGAUUCCAACUGUGGAUUUGCAGAAGAGUAUGAAGAUCUAAAGCUCGUUGGAGUUAAUCAACCCAAAUAUGCAGCGGAGAUGACUGAGAAUAGGGGAAAAAACAGAUAUAAUAAUGUUCUACCAUAUGACAUUUCUCGGGUUAAGCUUUCCAUUCAAAACCAUAUGACAGAUGACUAUAUUAAUGCAAACUACAUGCCCGGAUACCACUCGAAGAAGGAUUUUAUUGCCACCCAAGGACCCUUACCUAACACAUUAGAUGAUUUCUGGCGUAUGGUCUGGGAGAAAAAUGUACAUUCCAUCGUUAUGUUAACCAAAUGUGUUGAACAGGGCAGGACAAAAUGUGAGGAGUACUGGCCUUCCAAACAGGCCCAGCACUACGGAGAAAUAACUGUGGCAAUGACAUCUGAAAUUGUUCUUCCAGAGUGGACAAUUAGGGAUUUCACAGUGAAAAAUAGCAAGACGAAUGAAGGACACCCUCUGCGACAGUUUCAUUUCACUUCCUGGCCAGAUCACGGAGUUCCCGAAACAACAGACCUUCUGAUCAACUUUAGAUAUCUUGUUCAUGACUUUAAGAAGCAAAAUCCUCCCGAGUGCCCAGUUCUGGUGCACUGCAGUGCUGGAGUUGGAAGAACAGGAACUUUCAUUGCCAUUGAUCGACUUAUCUAUCAGAUGGAGAAUGAGAACAACGUUGAUGUAUACGGGAUAGUGUACGACCUUCGCAUGCAUCGACCUUUAAUGGUGCAAACAGAGGACCAGUAUGUCUUCCUCAAUCAGUGUGUGUGGGAUAUUAUCAAGUCCCAGAAAGACUCCAAGACUGAUCUUAUCUACCAAAACACAACUGCCAUGACAAUCUAUGAAAACCUUACCCCCGUGACAACUUUUGGGAAGACAAAUGGUUUCAUUGCUUAAUUCCAAAGGACAACCUCUCCGGGAACUCUCCAGACUGUCCUGCCCACAGGAAAGGGAAAUGCACUGUGGAUAUGUUUUUACAUGUACGGUGUCUUCAUUUUUUUUGUUCUGUUUCGUUAUGGCUAAUUUUGAAGGCUUAACGGUGUACACCUAAAAUUGCAAACGGAAAGUCAGACAGUAAGGACGCGUAAUAAGGUAGUUUCUGAUUAACAGUAGGAGGGGGUUGCCCUUUCUGUGAGAAUUUCAGAAAAGCCAGAAAAGGUAAGCUCUCUGUUCUUUUUUUUCUAAAUGACACAGGCUCUUUUUUUUACGGUUUUAUAAAGUCCACAUACUGAAGCCAGGGUCAUGUUAGGGUGAAUAUAUUUUAAGUAUAACGAAGUCUAUUUUUACCUACUGUAUCUUCAAAUCUAGCUGAUGGAACAUAUGCAUAAUUGUGGUUGUUAAUAGCACUGGGCGUGGGUACAUAGUACCUCCUCCAAGUGGAUUUUAUAUUUGAACAUGUGCCUUUCCUAAUUAUGCUUCCAUAGGCAAAAAUCGGUAGAGAUAUAAAUAUAUAUUUUUGUAUGGAAUCUUCUAAUUGGGAUAUACAGUAUAUUUAAAGACUUAGCUUAGCAUAAAGACUUAGCCUUCUUAGUAACAUUCCGGUUCCCUUUGUUGAGGAGGCUGUCCUCUCCCUCCUUCCCAUUUAUUGUGUCACACCCCUUUCUGCUCAUCUGAUUUCUGGCAAGCCUUCAUCUCUUCCAGCUUGCAAGUUGGGAUGGAGUGGACUGCAGAUGUCACUUUGAGCUUUGGUGAGAAGAAGGGGAAGAGCUACCCCUGUAGUGACAUGAUCUUCCUUCCACGCUCCCUACCCUUUCUGUUGUUUCCAUGUAUAGUAAGAAAGAUUAUUUAAAGGUGCAAUAUGUGAUUUAGUGAUUAAUGAAUGCUCUAUGUUUUUUAGUAGAGUUUUUACUCAGGUUGGCAUUUUAUGUGUGUGUGUCU